CUGGGGAUGUGCCAUUCGGGGCCGGAUUGACUGCUUGGCGAUAUAGGAACCCAGCCUGCUGAUUUGUGGCAAGAUAUGACAAAGGAAAGGCACUGACCCCCUGUCUCCAUCUGCCAGGGAUCGGGGCAGAUUUGCUGGUGACUUGUUGUUGGCCACAAAGCGAGAAAGGCAGCUGCAUUGAAGACAAUGACUCAUACGUUUUUGCUGUUCUGCUUAGUGUUUCUUUUGCCAACAGAGUCCUGCAGGACAUUAUGCCAGGCUGCCAGCAAAAGCAAGGAGAAAGUGUCUGCCAAGCCACACGGUGCAUGUGAUGGCGUCUGUGUGGACAAUUCCCACUGCAGUCAACCUUGCCCUCCAGAUACUCCAGGAAAUAUGGGGUUUUUAUGUAGGCGAAAUAAAUGGCACAAGAUCACUGAUACCUGCCAGACUCUUACCGCCUUCAACAUCUUUGAGGAGGAUUUAAGUACAGUUCCAUCAUUUGGAAGUAGUAUACACAUAAAUGAAUAUGCCGGAAAGUCUGAGACCAUUGCCGAUAGGUUGAUGCAGAAGUGUCCGCAGGAUUUGUCCUGUGUCAUUAAGAACAUUCAGCGUUCUCCCCGGAUACCAGGAAACAUCGCUGUCAUCGUGCAGCUACUACACAACAUAUCGACAAUGCUGUCGACAGAUGUGGACGAAGCAAAGAUGCAGAGUUACAGCAUCAUGGCCAACCACAUUCUUGACAGCAAAAGCAUCUCAAACUGGACCUUCAUCCCUGAGAAAAACAGCAGCUGCGUGCUGCUGCACUCAGUCAAUAGCUUUGCAAGAAAGCUACUCAUAAAUAAAUAUCCCAUCGACAUAUCGGAUGUCUUUAUUCAUACUAUGUGCACCUUCAUAUCUGGAGAUAACAAUGGAAAGAAUUUAACUUUCUCAAUGAGAGUUAAUGACACCCGCAGUAGUGUCACUGGGAGGGUGUUGAUCAGCAGAGAUGAAGCCCAGAAGGUGCGCUCUCCUUCUCAGGUCAUCAGCAUUGCAUUUCCAACCCUUGGAGCCAUCUUAGAAACCAGUCUUUUGGAAAAGGUCACUGUGAACGGACUUGUCCUGUCUGUCAUUUUGCCCAAGGAACUUAAAAGAAUCUCACUGGUGUUUGAAAAGAUCAGGAAUUCAGAGGACAGGAGGACACAGUGCGUUGGCUGGCACUCGUUAGAGAGCAGAUGGGACCAGCACGCCUGCCAAAUGAUUCAGGAAACCUCCCAGCAAGCUGUUUGCAAAUGUAGGCCAAGCAAGUUGUUUACCUCCUUCUCCAUUCUUAUGUCACCACACACCUUGCGGAGUCCCAUCCUGACUUACAUCACAUACAUAGGCCUGGGCGUUUCUAUUUGCAGCUUGAUCCUUUGCUUGUCCAUCGAGGCCUUGGUCUGGAGCCGAGUGACGAAGACAGAGAUCUCAUAUUUACGCCACUUGUGCAUUGCUAACGUUGCGGCUACCUUGCUGAUGGCUGAUGUCUGGUUCAUCGUGGCUUCCUUUCUUAGUGGUCCAAGGACACACCACAAUGGAUGUGUGGCAGCAACGUUUUUUGUUCAUUUCUUUUACCUUGCUGUGUUUUUCUGGAUGCUUGCUAAGGCACUUCUUAUCCUCUAUGGAAUCCUGAUCGUUUUCCAUACACUGCCCAAGUCAGUCCUGGUGGCAUCUCUCUUUUCAGUGGGAUAUGGUUGCCCUUUGGUCAUUGCUGUUAUUACAGUUGCUUCCACUGAGCCUGGAAAAGGCUACCUACGGCCUGAGGCCUGCUGGCUCAACUGGGACAUGACCAAGGCCCUCCUGGCCUUUGUGGUCCCAGCUCUGGCCAUUGUGGUAGUAAACCUGAUCACGGUGACAGUGGUGAUUGUCAAAACCCGGCGAGCUACCAUUGGCAGUUCCAUGUUCCAGGAGGUGAGAGCCAUCGUGAGAAUCAGUAAGAAUAUCGCCAUCCUCACACCACUGCUGGGCCUGACCUGGGGAUUCGGAAUAGCCACAGUCAUCGACGAUAGCUCCCUGGUCUUCCACAUUCUCUUCUCCUUGCUUAAUGCUUUCCAGGGCUUCUUCAUCUUGGUGUUUGGAACAAUCCUGGAUCCAAAGAUAAGAGAAGCCUUAAAGAAUCGAGUAACCUCUGCAAAAAGGAUCUCCAGAAUAUCAGAGAACCUUUCUUCUGAUUUCUCUUGUCGCCACACCAAAGGGCCAAGCUAACAAACCAGGCCACACUCCUAACUUGGGAGGUCAUACAUUCCAGGAAUGGCAGAAGCCCCAGGAGAAGUGUGUUUAUUCCUGUCAUCUGGCCUCUGGGGAGUAUGAAGACAGCCUGUGGUGCUGAUUGAGGAGGGUGUGACAUACGGAAAGGAUAGAAGGCCCCUCUGUCUACUUCUGUGCUGCUAAUCGCUUCUCCCUCAUCAACUGACAACACAUAAAUGCCAUUCUGGGCAUCUACAGGGAACAGAAAGACAAAGUGGGCCACAGCAGGACCUUAGUCUUGUCGGGGCCUCCGGAAGAGCACUCUGGCUCAUCUUGGCAAAGGUGUCCUGGGAUGUCGCCUGGCUGGAUUCUGUGGGUUGCUAAGGGAGGGGCCCUCACCAACAGUUGUGCUGACACUAAGUAGGUCAUUGCCAGUUCUUUGUACAAAAGGAAUCCUAUUGCUAGCAUAUUCCACUCCUCCAAAUUUAAAUGGGUUGCAUGGUCAACCUGGCUUGGGUUUCAAUGCAACAUUUUUUGGCUGUGAAGCAAGUGAAAUAGGUAGAGCUUUUGAACCAGAAAGAUGCUCAUUUUAAGUUAAAGAGACUGAAGCCUAGCACAAUGGAUCACAGCUAAUCAAGGCUUGAGCCAGAGGCAAAAACCCAAGUCUGCAGCUUCCAGUCCUGGACUUUCUCCAAAGGCAAGGCACUGCUGAAGGACUCUGUCUACUCUGACAAUAUGAUUAACCCUCACCAACAGCAAGUUUUUGUUUGUUUUGUUUUGUUUUGUUUUUUUAAACCUGAGAUGAGAAAGGGGAAGUAUCAUGUUUCAAGUAGAGAGCUGCUCAUUUUCUUAUCUUUGUAUGUAAACAAAUUCAUCAUUCAAAUCAGGUCCGCCUGAUAGGAGAUCAGUAUUACAGAUAGAA